AUGUCUCCGCCACCACCACCACCAAGAACAAGAGACCGUGAACUCACCCGAGUAGGAACCGACGCCGUAGCCGCCGCCUCCCUUUCCGAGAACCCCGACACGAUCCCCUGCGCCUGCACAAUCUGCUGCGAAACCGUGCACCAAGCAACCGCCCCCCACAUCAUCGACGACGCUGAGAUCUGCGACCUUUGCGUCAAGGAGAACAUCGUCCCUCUAUUCCAAGCAGCGAUCAACAACGAACAAGAGUACCCCGUGACCUGGGGCUCCGUGAUCAUCCCCGCCACGCACUUCUGGGCCGAAUUGGGGAGGGGGUUCGGACGGGCGUAUGAGAGGCGGGAGGUGGAGUAUGCGAUUCCUUUGGCUGAGAGGGUGGUGUGCGGGCAUGUGUUUCGGAAGGGGAGGGAGGGGAAUUUUAAGGGGAGUGUGCUGGUGGGUACCACGGCCUUGGCUAUUGCGUGGCCGCAUCGGCACUUGACGCCUGAGUGCGUUGAGGCGGAGUUGGAGGUCUGUGGAUCGAUUUUGGAUAAGAGGGGUUUGAUACCGGGACAGCAGUUUUUUUGUCAUAGGUGUAGGGGGUUGACGUGCAGGGUUUGUGAGAGGCCGAUGAGUUUUGAUUAUGCGGAGCAUGUUUGUGAAAGACGAGUGUUUGAGUUCGAGGCGCCGGAUCGGGAUGGGUUGGUUCAGGGGAAGCAUUUCCAGUUGUGUCCCGUUGCGAGUUGUCGGCAUCCUGUGGCGUUGGGGGAUGGGUGUAAUACCGUCACCUGUCCGGUUGCAGCUUGUAGGACGAGUUUCUGCUUUAUUUGUGGGCAGCAGGCGGAUCAUGAUGGGGAUCAUUGGGCGUCGGGGAGGUGUCCGAGGUGGAAUCAACCGGAUAAUCCACGGGCGCAGUUCGAUCCGCCGAGGCUUGUCGUCCAAGGUGUGGGGCCGAAUGGAUCGAAUCUUCAUGGCGGGCAUUCAUGGCUUCGGCAUGGCCCUGCUGAGGAGCUGGAGCUACAGUUCAACAAGCGGCUGAGGAUGAAUAUGGUGGCGGAAUUCUGUUCCCGCGCUGAGAAAGUCUUCCGUCGCGAAACACAGGCUCUGCUGCAUAUCAAGGAACUCAUCAAGGCCACUGGCGAUGGACUCAGCUUGAUUGAAGCCGUACGCUAUGAUGCCAACCCCGAACUCCACGUUUGUCAGAAGUUGAAGCGGGAGAUUGAUGUGGAGAGGAAGAAGGUUGACGAGGCUCUCGUUGGGAUCUGUGCGCAGGAGGGGUGGUCGAGGCGGUCUUUGGAGAUCAAUUUGCCCAUGUGUUGGGCGGGGUUCAUGUGGUUUUCUGGGCAGCGGGCUUGGCUUCUUGAGGCGCGUGGCGUUGGGUGGGUUCCAGAGUGA